CGAGAGGUAGAAAGAGGAAAGGAGGGGAGGUGUUGUAUCAGAACUGCAACACGCUGCUUCUGUAUUGGGAUAUAAAUAGGGAGCAGUAGUUGAUUUGGGACUUUGAAUGACUUCACCUCUCAAAACAUUAAACAAUGUUUCUCGCUAUGGUUUCAUCACCGUUCAUCCAUUGCUGCAACAGCGCCUGAAUAAACUUGUGGAAUGACUGAGGACCCGGGUUCACAACGGCCGUCGGAAACACGCUGGGAUGCACUUCAUAUUUGAAAAGUGAUUCUUGAGCCUCCACGAGCAGAACAUCUUAUGUGUCUUAUUACUUUCUUUUAUUAUUGAUCUGUGUAGUUCAUAAACAACUACUACGAGUGCGAACGCUUACCUCGUUCACGUUAUUUUUUAACAGCGCAGCUACAGGCUAUUUUCAUUAUUGCUACGAGCUAAAUUCAUGUUAUCAAAAUUAUUGCGAAGCCUUUUUCGAUCAGACUCGUUACGCACUACCUUGCCAGACUCCCUACUAGAAGAAGAUACGUUAUAAUAACUUCAGGGCUUGGUGGGAACCUGCCAGUUCAUUGCGAGAUAACGCUGUCUCUUGUUAACAUCAAAAAGAAAUUUAAAGAACAUGGCUAAUGACAGUCUUAAGCUACCUCCUCUGGGUGAAAAAAAUCGCCACAUUUCCACGCGUGUAUUUGGUGACCUUGUACAACAAAGUAGGCAAAAGUUAUGUGAUUAAAUACUAUUAUUUUACAAAGCAUAUGCAAGAAUAUACAGCAGCAAUAAUUUGGGAAGAAUAUACGACAAUCUGUACAGUUCAGUAUGAUUUCAAAGCCUAUGAGCUUAAAAUUGUGGUUGUGCUGAAGUUAAGUAAAUUCUGGCUUGAAUGAUAAACAGGAAGAAACAGAUCGUCUUGCAAAACGACACUAGAUGAAAGACAAUUAGUGGAAAAUUAUUCUCGAAAACCCCUUAUGUAUGAACUUGCGCUCUAUGUCGCUGGUCUGUUCAUGUUUGUCUUAUACCUUUAACUUAUUUUAAGUUAAUUAAAAGCGAUUUAAACUGGGUUGACCUGUUUGCUAAAGGAUUGUCAUUAGUGGAAGAUUCCCUUAGGUUUUAUUUGUAUUUUGGUUUUGCUGAUCCACAAACAGCCGGAUACUGUUUGUCUUUUGUUGGAUACGAUACUUAUUUUCCAAAACAUGGAUCUAAGAAUGAAGCUUGGCUGUUGUUUAUGAAUUGUUAAGGAGAAAAGAAGAUAUAAGAUUUGAUUUUCGAUGGACUUACAAACCUUCUUUGAGAGUGGACUGGAAAACUACCUGAAGUAAUACAAGGAGCUCCGGGGUGUGGUGUGGAAUGUGCUGGACAGUCAGAGUGUGACGGGGAGACCUGGCUAUGAGACGGACCCACCUCUGGAUCGCAGGGGUCAUCACUGCAGCUGCGCUCUGUUUCCUGUCAGGCCCCACCCUGGGAGCAGACUCAGUGGUACGGUCAAGAGUUGGGGGCUCAGCUGUGCUGGGCUGCAGCUUGUCCCCCCCUGCGACAGACAACACCACUCCACGCCUCUUUCCCCUGCAUGUGGUGGAGUGGGUGCGGCUGGGCUACGCUGUGCCUGUGCUCAUCAAAUUUGGGGUUUACAGCCCCCGUGUGCAUCCAAACUACCGCGGGCGGGUCUCUCUCGAGCGGGGUGCCUCUCUGCGCAUCGACGGGUUGCAACUGGACGAUGAGGGCUGGUUUGAGUGCCGCAUCCUCCUGCUGGACAGGCAGACGGAUGAGUUUCAGAACGGUACCUGGACCUUCCUCUCCAUCACAGCCCCACCUGUAUUUUUUAAGACUCCACCCCCUAUCCUUGAAGUCCUGGAAGGAGAGCCACUGAUCCUGACCUGUGGUGCCCAUGGCAACCCUCCACCAAUCAUUACCUGGAGAAAGGACGACACCUUGAUUGAAAAUGGAGAUAAUGCGCAGGUCACCAAUGGAAGUCUGUCCCUAUUCUCAGUCAGCAGAGACAAAGCAGGGAUUUAUAAAUGUCACGUUUCCAAUGAAGAGGGGAAUCUCACUCACUCCUCUCAGCUGCUGGUCAAAGGACCUCCGGUUAUUGUCAUUCCCCCAGAGGACACCACCCUCAACAUGUCCCAGGAUGCAGUCUUGCGCUGCCAAGCUGAAGCCUAUCCAUCAAAUCUUACAUAUCUUUGGUGGAAGCAGGGAGAAAAUGUAUUCCAUAUUGACUUGCUCAAGACCAGGGUCAAGGUGCUGGUUGAUGGGACUCUGCUGAUCCAGUCUGUCACGCCCGAUGAUGCUGGAAACUACACCUGUGUGCCAACCAAUGGCCUUCUGACCCCACCCACUGCCUCUGCCUACCUCACUGUGAAACACCCAGCACAGGUACUGCCCAUGCCCGAGGAGACCUACCUCCCGGUGGGUAUGGAAGGAGUGAUCACCUGCCCUGUCCGGGCUGAGCCACCCAUGCUCUUUGUCAACUGGACCAAAGAUGGCCACCUCCUCAACCUGGACAUGUUUCCAGGGUGGAUGGUGAAUUCGGAGGGCUCGGUCUUCAUCACAGCAGCCAACGAUGAUGCAGUGGGGAUGUACACAUGUACAGCCUACAACAGCUACGGCACCAUGGGCCAGUCUUCCCCCACCAAGGUGGUCCUACAGGACCCUCCCUCAUUCCGGGUGACCCCCCGGGCGGAGUACCUUCAAGAGGUGGGCCGGGACCUUGUUAUUCCCUGUGAAGCCCAUGGUGACCCAUCCCCUAACAUCACCUGGAGCAAGGUGGGCUCUGCCCCUCGCUCUCCCUUCCGCACGGCCCAGAAUGGCUCCCUGAUCAUGCGCCCACUCAGUAAGGACCACCAGGGGACAUGGGAGUGCAGUGCCCGCAAUCGUGUGGCCGCGGUCUCCACACGCACCGCCGUCUCCGUGCUGGGCACAAGUCCUCAUGCAGUUUCUGCAGUGACUCUGGUUCCAGGAACCAACAGAAUGAAUGUGUCCUGGGAACCUGGGUUUGAUGGGGGAUACUCACAGAAAUUCACUGUCUGGGUGAAGCAGGUGUCCAGGGGAAAACAUGAAUGGACAUCUCUUCCAGUUCCCCCAUCCCAGUCUUACCUAUUGGUGACAGGGCUACUCCCAGGGACUGGGUACCAGUUCAGCAUCCUGCCCCAGAACAAGCUGGGCUCAGGCCCCUUCAGUGAGAUUAUCACAGCUUCCACACUGGUUCCUAAAACAAAACCACCCCCAACUGUGAAAUCGCCACCCCUCCUGACCCCACCCAGGUCUCUGUCAGCCAAUCAGAGCUCAAAGGGUGUGGUCUUGCAGUGGUUGCCACCUCUCGCAGAGUCAACAACCGUCACUGGCUUCAUACUGCAGUCCCGACGUGAGAAAGGGGAGUGGGUGGUACUGGAGGGCUUCAUUGAAGCCAAUCAGAGUGAGAUACUGGUGCAGGGAUUACUUAAGGAUUGCAACUAUGAGCUGAGAAUGCUGUCUCGGGAUGGUCAGAUGAUCAGUGAGCCCAGCGAAUCAGUCAACAUCUCUACUGCAGGAAUGGACAUGUACCCUGCCAGGACUCGCCUUUCGGAGCUCCUUCCUGAGCCGCUAGUGGCUGGUGUGAUAGGAGGGGUGUGCUUCCUGUGCGUUGCUAUCAUCCUAUCUUUGGUGACAGCGUGUGCCAUGAACCGGCGGCGAGAGAGACGCCGCAGGAAAAGAAGGGAAGAUAUCCCAAUCGCCUUCCAGAAGGGCCAGUCUCCACAAGCUGGCUCGCUUGCUGACAGCCCCGACAGCGUCUUGAAGCUGAAACUGUGUCCCCUUCUCUUCAGCCACUCCUCUUCCUCCUCUGACCACUCCUCCUUUGAGAAGGCCAGCCGGAGUGAAUACCAGGACCAGCGGACGCAGCUGCUAUCCAAUGCAGCUCCACCCCCCCGCUACACACUGUUUGAGAGCCACAUAGGGGGGUUGUCUUCCCCUACUGCUGCCCUGGAGUCGAUCUCACGUGGUCCUGAUGGGCGGUUCAUUGUGCAGCCCUACGAGGAGACCAGUGCCACUUUUCAAGUCAAGAAGAGCCUGAGGAAGGACUUCCCACAAUGCAUUGGGGUCCCCGGACCUGGUGGCUCCCCAAAAUCCAACUCACUUUGCUCAGAGAUGGAUGAGAAGAAGGAGCUGACUCUCACUGUGAACAUCCCACGUUCCCGUAGCCCCAACAGCUCUCCUGGAAGAGUGAAAUUGAUGGCCAAAAACUUUUCUAAAAGUGGCUGUUUCUAUACUGAUGAGGAGGGGGAGGAGCUGUGUAGCGAGGUGGAUGGGGAGAUGCAGGGAGAACACAGUAGCUUUUAUUCAGACAAUUUGGAAAAACGGAGCAGAGAUUCUUUAAAAAAGUACAGGAUGUGUAUUCGUACUGCCCAAUCUCAGUCAAGAGAAGAAAUCCUAAACUUGGAAACAGUAAAAAAAGAUAAAAAGGCAGAGAAGGAAAGGUACAAGCUUUCUAGCUAUCUCCCCAUAGACAGGGAAAGACAAGUGUCUCAAAUGGAACAUGAGAAAGGGAUUGAUAGUCUGAGCAAGUGUCUAAAACUAGCAAAAGAGAGGGAAGAGAUUGAGAGAGAGCUAAAACAGUAUACAGUGAGCCACCGGGUGCAGGAGAGAGAAGGAAGAAGUGAUAGCAGGGCUGUGAAUCAGAGCAGCUUGAGAGCAGGAGGGAGAGACACAGAGUGGGAGACAAAAGAUGGGGAGACCGAGCCAGUAUGGAAACCGCAGGAGGUCACAUUUAGGCCAAAAAGCAAGCUGGCAAUGGGGCAGUCCCACAAGGAUUCUGGCUUCCGAAGAGGUUGCUAUUUUGGUAAUACAAGUAGCCCAUUAGGUCAGAUUUCCUCUCCAUCCUCCUUUAUCCACUGGGACAUCAGUCCUGUCACUUCUGUCACCAGCCUGGUUCCAGCUCAGAGCCCAGCAGAGAAUACCACCCCCACCCCCAUGACUCCUAUGAACAGGACAGCUGUCCGUGACUCUGGUGCCUCAGCAGGCUUUGAGUGCACGGGGUCUCCUGUCACUGAGUGCACCUCUCUCUCCCUCCUCUCCCCAACAUCUGACACUUUCCCUCACAUUUCCAUGGAUGUCAGAGAGGCUAAAUCAAGGUACCCCGAGAGAUUGGAAAGGGGAGACAAAGAGGCAGAGGUGAAGAGGUGUCAAAGUCAGUCUUUGCUUGAGGAGGACUGGAAGCAUCAGCAACAUGAUGCUCUGGCUGAAGAGACAAUUCUUGCAAAGGGUGCAAGGGAGAGCACAAGAGAUUUAGAGGGGUUGACAUUUACUUCAAGUCCCACCCUGAUAUCCAAGGCAGAGAGGGAAGAGCAGAUUGAACACUACAGCUGCAUUCUUGGGAUUGAUUUGGAGACUGAAACGGAGAGGGAAACGUAUCCAGAUGCUUUCACACGCUCUCCUGAAGCUACGCUCCGCUGUCCUUCAGAAAAAGGGGAAUCUGAAGAGGAUGAUGGAAAGCCUGAGAGUCUGUUCACUGGUUGCACCCUCCCAUAUGAGCAUGGCAGGAAGAGGGAUAUGGCAAGAGAGAACACAAAUGACAAAAGGGAGACUAAAGAGACUAGUGAUGAGCCUCCUAAUAAUACUACUCUGUUAUCUCCAGACUUUGAGAAGGAGGGGAUUAGGGCACGUUCCAGAAAGAGUGAUAAAUACCUUUUCAGUGACAGUCCCAGUAAUGCAUCUGCUAUACCUCUUAUAGAAAAUGACACCAACAGUGAUCAUUCUGAUCUAUCUGUUAGCAAAAUGUCUGGUUUCCUGAAACCUACAUUAAAGCCACCCUCUUCCCCAACUGCUUUGUGUAACUCACAAAAGUCUAGAGCAUCCCCACUUCAGACAAGUGCAAUUCUAGAGUAUUUGAGCCUCCCAGGGUUCAUUGAAAUGAGUGUAGAUGAACCCGGAGAGGUAACAGAAAUCACAGAUUUAUUGGAGACUAGUGCUGAUUGGAAGCAUGGUGACUUCCUUAAGGCUGAACCCAAUUUAGAUCCAAAGGACUCUGAACCUCAUGUACAAAAAAGCACAGAGACAGACACUAGUCAGAAAUGUACAGGUAUUUUGGAAGAUACAUUUGUUGAUAACCAUAGUUCUCAUGGGAAUGUGGAUCCUUGUGAGACCCAGAAGACUGAAUGUUUUUCCACUGAGCUGGAGACCAGGAAGUCCACUUCAAAGGCAGCAACUUCAGGUGAAUAUUGGACAGCUUCAGAGAGAAGUCUUGAGGACACUUUUGAACACUCUCCCAGGUCUGAAUAUGAAGUUAAACAGACUCAUCAUAAAAAUGCAAGACCUCACUGUGAUCAAAAUGUUGAGUAUUCACUGAAUGAGAAGACGGAUUUUGACUUAGAGGCUGGACGAAUUCUAAGCCCGAAUGCAACCCAUGAGUCACUAACCAAAAAGGACUCAACUGCUACAAAGUCAAACAUGCAAGCAAAUGUUAUAGCAGAACAACAGGAGCAUGUUUUGGAACAACAAAGGCAUGAUUUCACCCAAAAAAGCCAGGUCAGUAGGACUAACAACAUUGUUUCCCGAUUCUGUCAAACCCCUACACCCUUUCUGAAAAAGUCCAUGAGUAGUGGUCUAAAUAGGACUGUACCUCAGGCUGAAAAAUCCAGUACAUUUCUGAAGAAGUCUGUCAGUUUAGGGUCACAAAAAUGGGAAAGUUAUGAGAGCCCAUGCCCAAGAAAUUAUGUGUCUGAAAGGUGUCUGCGAGAUGAAUUACCAGCCCCAGAUAUCCGAAUUAAGUCUUAUAGUCUAGGCCGUGCUCCUGCUCCUUUUUCCUCAAGACGCGGAGUUUUCCUAAAAGGACCACCUGCAUUCAGACCUCAAAACAAGGCCAGCUGGGAGACUCUUAGAACCACAGAGACCGCUUUACCUCACAGACCUAGGUAUUUACCUCCAGGGAUGGAUUUGCAAAGGCAUAAGCAAUCUUCAGAACGACAAUCUUCAGAACUACAAAGGCAGGCUGUAACUUUUCCUGAAAUGUCCAGGUGGCCUAGUGACUACCAACAUGUUCCAGGCCCUGUGCAACCAAAAUCAUCCCUUUCUGAAUCAUUCCGUGUAGCACAGGUAAUUCCACCCGGACCUGGAAUGGCGAGAGGAGAUUUCCUACAGCCUCUGGACUCCAGACGAGGAUCUGCAAGGGCCUUCUUACCGAGGGGUUAUAGUUGGCCUUCACCUUACCAUGUUUCCAUUGAGCCAAAAGGAAAGACAGCCCGAGAACAUGAGGGAGAGGGGGAAACAGACACGGAGAUGAAGGAUUUCCGGGAUGUGAAGGAAGCCAGGGCUAGCUAUGCUAGCCAGAGCAGUGGGAGAGGAAGUGUUGGCCCCUCCUCACUACUCCGUCAGUCUCUGUCCCUCACCCCCUCUCUCCCUGGUUCUCCUGAAACCACUGAAGAAAGUGAACGGCAGGGGGCUGAACUAGAAAGAACUAUGCUAGAGCUUCAGGAAAAGAGACCUACAAAAAGGAGGAACACCUCAGUAGAUGAGAGUUAUGAGUGGGACACAGGCGAUUUCUGCAUAGAGUCUGAGAUUUUGGAGGCCCUGAGGUUGUACAGCACAGUGGAGGGUGGAUCGCGAGAGAGGGAUAGGAGGAGAGAGCGACCCCGCUCAACCAUUGCCCUGAGAGAACUGCAGAACAAGGGCCUUCUGUCCUCUGUGUCCCCCAGUGACUCCCAGUCUCGGAUGCCAUGUGGCUCUCUCAGUGAGGAGCGCUUCAAUGCCUUGCGCAGAGAGUUCCAAGAGUUCCGUCAGGCACAAGAGGCUGCCCAGCAUGACCCUGCCCCUCCUGACACAGACACUGCCCUUCUCUGAGUGCCCCUCACAAGAGCCUGCAACAUGGAGACCAGCCGAUUCGUGACCCCUCUGCUAAUUGGUCAAAUGACUGCAGACUUGUAUGUGGCUGGACAUUAUUCAACAUCAGAGGUACCAAAUGGACAGCUCUCACUAUGUGGGGCAGAAGCAGGCUACAUUUUGGACCAAAUAGCAAGAAACAUUUGAAGGCAGAGUUUUGGCUUUGCAUUCUUGGGCUUCUUGCACUUCAUAUCUAUUUUUUAUCCAUGUCCUAGCCAAUUCCCUUGUCAAAGUUUGCCAUGGGUGUUUACUGUGACCCUUCUUUAUGGUUUAUGCUGAUUUAACUUCCCUGCCAUAUACUGUAUUUUCCUACUAUUUUACUGUGCUAUCCAAGAUUUUAAUCAUUAAUGUUUACCAUAAUAGACUGUGAUAAUCCCAUGAUUUUUCACAGUAAAUAUUAAUUAAGGUGGGAUCAUAAAGAUAUUAUUUUGUUUUUAGUCAUAAACAUAUAAUUAGUGUAACAAAACACCAGGAUUGCAAAUUUUAAACCACAGGAAAGAACAGCAAGCUUGGCAUAGAGUAGUGUCCAAAGUAGAGAAACAAAUCAUAUUAAAAGUAGAAGUUUAUUUCUGUGAUUUACCAAACCAAACAGCACAGACAGCUUCCACAAAAAAUUAAGAGGCACAGUGUAUAUGCUAUUAGAGCACUUGGGUAUCCCUACAUGACAGUAGAACUGCUAUCCUGUGUGUUUCCUUUGGCAUAUUUUUACAGAUUCAUUGUUUUUUUUAUGGAUGGUUUGUCCCCAACUACUGCAGUUCAUUGUUGAGAACUGAAUGGCUGGUUCUAUCCAGACUGACUGAACUGUAACCUACCUGACAAAGAUCAUUCUGUAUCAGCAUAGAUGGACCAAGAAGACUUGCACUUAGAUCGGGGAUCCAUACCUAAUUUAAUCUAUCUGAAAGGCAGCAGUCUUUUACUUCUGCAUUAUGAAGAGUUUCUGCAAUCGUGUUAUACUGUACAUAAUAUAAGUUUGCACUACUACCCACUCAAGGAAACAUUGUCUGUUAUUAUAAAACAGUGUUCUUAUUCACACACACACACCCUCUGCAUGUGUGAUUUUCAGAAGUAAGAGAAUAUAAUACCACUAAUGCUCCUUCAAAGCCCUGGAGAAGACAUUUCAGAAAAUUAUCUUUGUGUUUGUACCCAGCUGGUACAUAAUCUGUAGUGCUUUUUGUCUUUAAUUCAGCUUUUCUGUGGGUCUCAAUGUGCUUCACAACAUUGAGAUGAUGUGCAGCACUACUGAUGAACACUAAGUGUCCUGUGUCCUGUUUGAUUGACCAUGUUUUCUUCCAGUUGUGCGUUAAAAAAUAAAUAUAAUCUGGGACCAGUUCUCAGAUGCUGCAGUGUUCAAUAAGGAGGUGAAACCAAUAAAUCUGGGUGAAAUCAGGCACCCCUCUCAUGGGAUUUCACACCCAGUUGUGUCUUACCUGAUCUUUCUUGCUGCUCCCUGAACACUAGACACUAAGAAAAGAGAUGCAUCUGGAGCCAAAAUAUUUUGCCAUUUGUCUUCCAGCACAACGUGAAGACUGAUAUACUGGCUACUGUGCUAUACAGUAUGUAUCCGGUAGCUCUUUGUUUCAAAUGUAGCUCUAUAAAUCAAUUAAUGUCUAUACUACAGAUGUAUCUUGAUCAAUCGGUGGUGUAGAAGCACCUUAAACAACAGAAAAAACUAAGACUGAAAUGGUCUUGAUCUUUGCCAUUGUAUGUAGAAGAGCUUUAAUGAGGUCAAAAGCCAUAUCGCUGUCUAUGACCAGUAAUCUGUUUUGGUUACUGGAUAUCAUCUCCAUUUCCUUGUGCUGUUAUUUUUUCUAGAUGGUAUAUAGACAAAUUUGUUAACCUAUUGUUAUGUCAUUGUUGAUACUGUGGAUGUUUUUGAAGACUGAAAUUUACUCAUAAAUUUUAUAUAUAACGUUUAAGAAAAUUGAAUAAUCCAAUGAUCAUUUUUAUAUUUUCUAAGCAAAUUGGUGCAUGCUCCUUUGUUUCUAUAAUCGUAAUGGAGUGGUGUUUACUGAGAUACAGAUGAGCUAUAGGAAAAUUAAAUUAAUGAAAUUCCUGAGUUAAAAAGCAAAGCUUAAAAGCAAAAAUUCAAAAGUGCAUGGAUGGAAAUUGGACUUUCUUCCCUUGGCAGUCUGAGCCAUUCCAGUUUUGUUUCAGAUGCAGGCUCUUGUGUUUAUGCCAAAACCAGCUGCUAGAUACUCCAGUUACUAUCUAGUCUAGUGUAGAUUUGCGUAAGCAGAUAUAACACUCACAUAUUGAAAAUGCUGACUUUUAUUUUGUCUGCGGGUGUUUGUUUUUUUUAAAGAAACUUGCUGGCAAAAUUGGAAUAGACCAAAAAGCCAAGAGAAUCAAAUUUCCUAAUGUAAAAAAAAACUGAAAACAUUCAAAAACCAAAACAUGUAGUCAAUGUAUUAAAGCAGUUACCAAACGUAAAUGAGAAAAUGGAUUCUGAAGCAUCUAUUGUCUUGAAGUUCAGUGCAUAGGCAGCAUUAAGAGAAUAUUUUUCUGUAAGUGGUAUCCUUCUAAGACAUUAGAGAGCCUUAAUCUUUUAAUCACCUUUUUACAACUUAGAAUUUAUGAGUGAAGUUCAGAUUACUGUUACAUAAUAUGGUAUACUAUUUUAAGAAUUUAAAAAUGUGAUCCGUAAGGUUCAAGAAGUGUGGUUGAAAAAUCCUAUAGAACUUAUAUAUGAUCCCCUAUAUAUUUUUAAAAGAUAUCAUGGGUAUGUUUUAUGGACUGGUUCUUCUAUAAAGAAAAUAAGGUACUGAUUUGAACCUCAAUAUAACUCUACAGAUAUAUACAUCUAUAUAUCUUUAAAAGAUUGUCUCAAAAGAAAGAAAAAUCACUAAUGCAGAUGAUUGUGUUUGCUAUAUUUUUCUAUGGUUAGUAUGCUUCUGUUUUUGAAAUACUACUGCAGUAUAUGUAAGAGAGAAACUUAAUUUAUUAAAAAAUAAACUCUUCUCAUGAUGAUGUUUCUAUUGGGAUUUUUCAGAAGAUAUUUAAUAGUGAGAGAAUCUGUAGCUGGUUCUGGUGCCUACCUCUGGUUACCUGUGAGCUCUGUUUGAAAGCACUUCUGACAUCAUGUCUAACAAGUUAUUCUAGAAGGAUAGGCAGAAUUCCCUCAAGUUUGGGAAGGGAAGCCUGAAAAAUUGUUUAAUUUUAGUUUUCAGUUGUGGAUAAAAUUGGGAAACCUCACAGAAAAAAACUUUUGAGAGUCUAGAUGGACCAAAAUCCCUACAUUUUCUGUUGAAUAUUCUGUAGGUCUCCUUCAGGAAUCCUUUGUUUCUUUUUCUCUGACAAAGGAAUCCUGCUGUAUCUACAUAUGUUUGGCAUCAAACGUCUCCAGGAGUGUUUUAUAUGUUAUUGAGAACCAAAACCAUUAAAAUUCUUGGAAAGAAAUGAAAGCCUGUUAGAGUAUGCAGGACACAGGAGGCAGAGUACAGCUCAGUUUGUUCUCCAGAUUCUUCCUGUGCUACAGUCUGUAGCAUCUGCAGCACUGUCUCAUGAUAAUUUGUGUUGUUUCUCUGCUUUUGCCUGACUUCUGCACACUAAGUGGAAAACUGUGCACCUGACCUGCACAAGCUUCCAGAUGAAACAAUGUACACUUCUUAUAAAAGUUUACUACGGUACAAUUGCACUGAAUUUUACUAUUGUAUCUUGUUUUUUACCCAUGCUUAUUUUAUGCAUGGCUUUCCAUUGUAUUGUGUUUUUUGUUCUUUCACCAUAUUUCACUAAACUUUAAUGUACUCUAUCAUAUUAUACUGUACCACAGGAAACUUUUAUAAGGACUCGCUAAUGUUUGAUUCUGUUCACAAAGCUUUAUGGGAUGUUAUUGGUGUUGGUCAGGUUAUCAGUGGUCUAAACAAAAUUAUUUUUUUUAAAGAAACUAUCAGAAAUCCUUGAAAGCAUUCUUUAGAUCUGAGACAGGGGCAACAGUUUCAUGUCUGACCUACUUAAACCCUGAUACGAAGCAAACCACAUGGCUUUUCUAUAAAAUAAGAAGUCAGUAAAGCAAACUUUUUAUUUAGUUUUGACAAAAACUGCAUUGGUCUUUGACCUGAACCUGUCAGCUUAAUACAUGGUGUUCUCAUUUAUUUCAACUAUGGCUGUCUCAAGGACUGCAAUCAGGACAUCAGUAAACUCUGAAAGAAUUGCUUGCACUUUGGCCUGCUUUGUCAGUGACUGAGUGCCCUCGAGAAACUUCUGGAAUGGCCCUCACUGCUUGCUAAAACAGAAGCAAUGCAAAGUGUUGUGCUGAUGUCUCUUGAGAGAAUGGUUGAAGGUCUCUAGAAACAUUUUUCAUAUUUAGAAAGCAUUCAGAUCUCUGACUGAGAACACAGUAUCUUGCAAGUGUCUCAUGGGAUAUAAAACCGCAGGUAUUCAUUUGUAUAGAAGUAUUGAAACUUUUUCCUUUGAGUUGCCCAUUUCAGUUUUAAAAACCGUGUUCAUUGCCUUUCGCUCCUUUGCACAUGUCCUGUGGAUUGAUGGUUCUGUGUUGCACUGAUGGCUGUGCUUCUUGAUGUGGUGCAGCCUCAAUGCUUUCAGUUUUAAAGUAACAAUAGAAGAAGACAAAGGUUCUUUGUUCUACUUGUUUUGAGAGCCCAGAUUCUGUGUGCUCCUCUCACUGGGUAAGCUGGCGGUGACCUUCGCAAAACCCAGGACUAUUCCAUUUGGUAUAUGUGAGGGGGAUGAGUUCACCGUGUGAAGACUCCUCAAUUUUACAGCAAAUCCUGCUGCCUAUAAAAAGAAAACAUGAACCAGACAGUCAUUGAUGCAAUACUAAUCAAAAACAGUCAAUUUGGGUCCCUACCUUUGGUGUAUAACAACUACUAAAUACAAGCUUUGUACACAAUGCCAGCUUUUCUUGAUGGAGGUGACCAUAUUUAUUAGCUAAAGCUAAAUCAUUUUAGGCCUGCAGUUUUCUGGGACUUCCUUCCAGAGAUGUACUAGAGACCUAGCUGUUGCUAAAAAUCCCUAAAUAUUUUUUUGGUUGUCCAAAUCUCCACUUUAACUGCUGCUUUGAAGUUAAAUUUAACAGAAAAAAACAACAACAAUGUAUGAUGAGAUUAAAUUACCGCAGUCAGCAUUUACACCAGCAAAGUACACCAUAAGACAUCUUUGUGGUCUGGAAUAUCACCUCAAUUAUGAGACAAAGAGGAUGCAUUCUGGGAUGUAUUUGUUAGUAUUUAGCGUAAUGUUCCAGAACUCCUUUUCUUGUCCUUUCCUAGUGUAAAUGCCCCUAUUGACUCUGUAUUUUAAUGGGCUUUUGUCUUUUAAUGGAAUUCACAGAAACAUGUAUUUUUCACAAACAAGAAGCAGGAGACACUAAAGCCACUACCCAGUGGUUUCAAAGUUAGUCUUGGACUAGUUAAUGUUAAUUUAAGUUCACAGGUCUAGCAAUGUUGCUUUUUAAACUCUGUGAAGCUAGAAUGGGCUAACAUGCCUAUAUGUACCCAUUUGCAUUUGAGUCCAUUUGCACAAUUCAAAACACACCAGUAUGCAGUAUGCUAGCUGGAAAGUUAAGUGCUCUAAGCUUUUUUUGUAGUUAAUAAACAGUACCAGCAGUUAAAGGGAGAAAGUCCCAUAUGGGAACUGCCAUAGCUGGCUCUCAGACAUGCCCAUCCCUGUUCCCCCUGUCUACAAGUGUGAACGGGACUGUGCUGUUUCAGUGUCAUUCUGUUGUAGUUUAUUCUGUGUUGGAUGGAUUACAGCCAUUUCCUUCGCAUGUUAAAAUUUCUUCAAACUUUGUUUUUUUUUUACAUUUUUGUUUAUGUGGUUUUUAAAGACAGAAAAAAACAAGUUCUGGUUUUGUAAGGAUAACUGGUAGAUUGUCGGAAUUAAAAUUCGACCAGUUAUGGUUCCAUUAUGAAAAUAACCUACAGAUGACCUAUGGCUUUUUGUAGAAAUUCCCCAGUUCUCUAUAGCAACCUUUAGGUUAUUUUCAUAACUGUUUAUCCAGGAAUUUUAAAAAUAAAUUUUAAUUUUAAAACUUUUCUGGUGUUUUAAUAUGUUUAAUAAUUCAGAUUUUUUUGUGAAGUAAUUUUUUCAAAUUUUGUACAAAGUGGGGGAAAUUGUUGAUUUCUAAAUGUUUGAUCUUUGUUUUUUAUAUGUCUGUUUGUUGGAAAUAAAAUAAAGUGGAUCAGCUGA